GUGUGGGAAAGAAGGUUCACGGGGCGGAGCUGUGUGGUCGUGGCCGGGCUGGAUGAAUCCAAGGGAACGGUUUUCAGGGAAAAAAAUGGGAGCUCGCUUGUUGAGAUAACCUCUCCUUUUCUCGUGUAAUUUACAGUUUCAUAAUGUGACGAGGCUUGUCCGCUGCGGGAUCCCGAGGUUUACCGAACUAAGAGGAAACAACAUGGAACCAGAUGUUAUUAGAAUGUAUUCUUCUUCACCGCCACCAUUAGAUGAUGGGACUGAAUUUGAACAUGAGUUUGGUGAAUUUGGUGGUUUCUCAGAAGUUGGUACUUCUACUCUUGGGUAUAAUGACUUUGAUUUGGAAGAUCCCCAUGAAAACUUUAUGUCCCAGAACCAUUUUGUGCCUGGCCAUGAAUACUCCAGUGAUAUGCAUGGGUUUGCUGACUUUCAUUCAGCAGGUGCUUGUGAGGGCAAAGACUUUAUUUCAGACUUCUCAAAACCUAUUUCAAAUGACCUGGCUGUAAAUACUGCUAAAGAUGCAACUCAAUCCAAUUCUUCAAGGAAUGGUUUUGAAUGUACAAUAACAGAAUCUAAAGAACAAACUGAAGUAAAUGCUCAGCCUGCCAUUCUGACCAAGGAUGUCAUUGCAAUAGAUUUAAAACGGGAAGACCAAGAAGAGUGUUACAGUGAUAGUCCAACCAACCCAGAAGUUCUAACAAAUGGUUACUCAACAAUAGAUUCAAUGCACUCUCAGGAAAUAGAAAAUAUGGUCAACACAAAUGACCAAAAAGUUGUAAAUGUUCACAUUUCUGAACUUUGUUCAGAUGCAAAGCCUAGUCCAGUUGAUAACUUUGCUGUAUUUUCUGAUGUUGAAAUAACUGGCGAUUUAACAGAAGAAAAAACAAGUAGGUCUUUAUCUACCAUUGGAAAAAUAUCACAGAUAAAAGAGCAUGACUCUGGCAAUCAUUCAACUUUAGGGAAGCUGCCAGUUGCUUUGGAUGAUGGUAAUGAACGGAACGUCGUACAAGAGCAAACAAAUGAUGCAUUUGUUACAUCAGAUUGUGAAAGUGAGAAAGAUGCAAUUGCAGUAAGCCACACUCAGAACCAUCCUACUGAACCUCGUGGUACAGUUGAUGUUGAAAUUCCCAAUGGUGUUCAAAACUCAUCAGAAUCCAUGGAACCCGUUGAAGCAAGGCAUGUAGUUCAUGAAACAUUGCAUAGUAUAAAAGAAACCACUUCUACAGUAAUCCAAUCAGAAGCUUCUCCAUCAGUAAAUGAAACAGCAAACAUACGUGAGUCCAAUUUGGAAAUGUGUAACCAUGAUGAAGAAACACAGGGUGUUAAUACACUCAAUAUUGAAUGUAAUGAGUUAGUGACUGGACAAGACAGUGUAGCAAAUGAAGAGCUUCUGGCAACCAACAUAGAAAGCACAGAGGAAAAUGAGUCUGAUCAUGUUGGGAUUUCAAGAAGCGAAUGUUCACUGGAAGGUGACUUUAAUACUUUUAGUCCAGUGCUGAAUAUUAAUGUUGCAGACAAUGAUUUUAACUCAGAUGUGCAACCUGUAGACUCUUAUAGCAAGAGUGCCUCAAAAUUGACAACUGACAAAUUUGCUAUAUUUCAGGAAGCUGGAGUGAAAGAUGAUUUUGGUGACUUUGGUACUGUAAGCAAUGACUGUGUAUCAGCAUUUGCUAAUUUUUCAGCAUAUUCUGCAGAAAAAAGUGCACUAUCUGAGGCUGCUGUUUAUGUUGAAGGUGAUUUAUCAUUUGAUGAGCAUGGAGCUGCCACCACUGAAAGAAAGACUGAAGAUUUUGGAAAAUUUGGGUCAACUCAAACAAAAACAGAUUCUGAUUUUGCAGGAUUCAAUAGUGAAGAAGACUUUUCACUUGAUGGGCAAGAUGCUGAGUGGAAUGCUUUUGGGGAUUCGGUGUCUGAAAGUACAUCGUGGGCAGCUUUUGGUGAAGAGCAUUCUGGUGAAUGUAAAGAAGAAAUUAGUCAAUGUAGUAGGGCAGAGCCUGCCCUUUGUGGGAUCACACAGUUGACUGACAAUGUGGACAUUAGCUCCUUUCAGCCUAUUGAUGAAAUGACAAGAAUUAAGAAUACAACUCCAUGUGAAGUAACUAUGACACAAGUCCUGCUAAACCGCCUGGGUCGCAUAUUCCAAACAUGUUUUCCUCCAGCACCGGUACUAAAGAUAAAUGAAAUAGAAGUAUCUUCUCUGAGACAGCUUUUGCAGUCUGGAUUUGAGGAAGAAGAGAAGGCCCAAGCAAAUAAGGGCGAAUUGUUAGCUGUGUGGACUGAACUACAAGAUGUAGAAGAUGCUCACGGCCUGAGGUACCAGUGGGGUGGAUCGCAUAGCAACAAAAAGCUUCUGAUUUCUCUUGGAAUUGAUACCCGAAACAUAUUGUUUACCGGACAAAGGAAGCAGCCUGUUAUUGUUCCUGCUUAUGCAUCUGGUCUGGGCAUGCUAGAACCUACCAAAGAACCAGUCAAACCAAUAUCAGCUGCAGAGAAGAUAGCUUCAAUAGGUCAAACACCAACUGCAUGUGUUACUGCUUCUGACAUGAGCACUUCUACAUGUGAUCAAAGUCGGGAUCAAGUCCCGCCUGUCCAGUUUGACUGGAGUAGCAGUGGCCUUACUAAUCCUCUUGAUGGUGUUGAUCCAGAAUUGUACGAAUUGACUACUUCUAAACUGGAAGGCUCUAAUACUGUCAAUCGGAUGACUGAUGCAUUUGCUCGGCUAAUGUCCACAGCAGAGAGAACAAGCACAUCGAGCAGGAAACCAAAAAAGGAGGAAAUUCUUAGUAAUGAAGCUGCCCAGGUGAUAGCAAGCCUUCCCGAUCUGUCAUUCAUGCACGCCAAGGUGCUGAUGUUUCCAACCACAUUAACACCUUUGGUAAGCUGUCAUGAAAAAGCAGACUGAGCGGUGGAUCAUAGUUUUAAUUUAUGAACAUUUUAAAAUAUGACUUCUUUCAGCUUUCUCAAAAUUAAAACUAAUCAGUUAUCUGGAUGAUUUAUUGGUCAGCAGUUCAGGAGUGUUCUAGUAUGGAUCAUACAAUAGUGUUGUAUAUUUAUUUAUAUUGGUCAUUUAAGGAUGUUUAUAUUAAGAAAAUCUGUAAAUAUCAGGUGGAAGGAUCUGCAGAUUAUUUUUCUUUUGCUUUGUUGGGUUGUAUAAAUUUGUUUUGUUAGCUAAUUUAGCAAUGACUUUCAUAAAAUAUUGGAAAUCUGAAUAUUCAGAUUCUGUUUAACACUGAAAUCCUGGUGAAUCUUUCAAUGUUAUGUUUUGUUUCUUACUGAUUCAAAAAAAAUUCUCUUGGGUAUUUCAAAGCCCAUUUGAUAAAAUAUUGACUUCUACCAUUGUGUACCCUAUUUUCAUCAAGCACUGGUCUGCCUGAAUCCAAUGGAACUAUUGAAGCAAUUUCUAAAAUCGUAAGUGCAGGCAGUAGCUGAGCACAUUUCAGAAUAAGAUACUGUAAUUCUCAAGCCUGAGCUCGUUGGGGAAUGAGGGACCAAGAUUUUGCUCUGGUUAUUUGUUUUAUUUUGCCACUAAUGCAUAUUUUAUUGAGGAUUUGCACAGUGUAAAGAUAUGGUGGACAUAAUCAUAGUUUGCAAUGAUUGGGCUGUAUGUACAGUAAUAACUAUGGAUUGUAAAUGGUGAAAUUCCUAUGGAAAAAAUGAUUCAUUGAAGAACCUGAAUAGGUUGAUGUGCAUGCCCAGGUUCUUUUAUAACUGUAGUAUGUAUAUUUACUUUUAGAAUACAGAAAAAUAAAAGAUGAUUUGAAGCAUCCCUGUUCCAUGCCU